GAUUGGCGCUACUCGCGUCAGUCAAGAUUUGUAUCAGUUCGGUUUCAGCGUCGCGUGAUCGUUGACGUCGCUGUCAGAAGUCAAGCGACGCGUAGCAGAACCAGAGGAAGACGUACCAGCAGGUGACGAUGCAGUUCCUUGGCCGGCUGCUGGACACGGUGUCCUCCGUGUCCACCCUGUUCACCAACCCGUACCGGGUCCGGGACGUGCCGCUGGCCGACUACGGCGGGGGAGGCAAAGCCCUGCUGAAGGAGGAGGGGCGCUUGGUUCUGUACAGGAACACCCCGUACCAGUCGUGGGACUGUCUGCUCAUGUGCCCCGAGACACCCAACAUGACCCUGAGGCUGUUUCAGGUGGCGUCGGAGGAGGACGCCAUGAACUUGUUCCCCCAAUACGCCCUCAAGCUCCGCCCCUUCUACGAGACACUUCUUUUGAAGGCCGAGACCACGCAGCCAAUCGUAGACUGCAUCCGCAACCACCAGGACUGGAGCUCCGCCCACAUCGCCGUGGAGACGGGCAUGAGAGAGUGUCUCAAACAUAACUAUGUCCAGAGUCAGAUCAACGCUCGUGACGGCUCCGGUCAGACGCCGCUGCACCUGGCGUGCGAGCGCGGCGACUUGGCGUGCGUGAGGCAGCUGCUGGAGGAGAGCCAGGCCCGGACCGACAUCAGGGACCGGCACGGGGAGACGCCCAUGCACCGUGCCGCCAAGCAGGACACGCCCGCCGUCAUCCAGGUCAUGUGCUCGAGGUUGUGCUCGGGGGUGAACGAGCUGAACGACAACGGGGAGACGCCGCUCCACGUGGCGUGCCGCCUGGGACGCGUGGAGUCAGUCAGAGCGCUGCUGGGGGGCGGGGCCAAGUGUGACGUCAUCGGCGGCACUGGCUACGCCAUCCACAGCGCCAUGAAGUACAGUGAGAAGGGCUGUGUGGAGGAGAUCCUCAAAGCAGACUCGGGUCAGCUCCUGGCUGAGGACUCUCUGUAUGGAGGAACUCCUCUCCACUGGUCCAGAACUGCUGAGAUGUGCCUCAUGCUGCUGCAGCACGGCUGUGCGGUGAACUACCUCAGCAAGACCGGAGAGAGCGCCCUCCACAUCCUGACCCGGAAGGGGCGCUUUGAGGCCGCCAUGGUGCUGCUCACCCACGGGGCCAACGCCAACCUCAAGGGCCAGGACGGGAACACAGCGCUGCACCUCGCCAUGAAGAGGGACCACAUGGAGUUGAUCAAAGCUCUGAUUGUGUUCGGGGCCGACGUCGAGAUCCACAACGACCUGGGAGAGACGCCCGGACUCAUCGCCGCUCGCACCAGCAAAGGUCCUAAUAGAAAGAUCCUGCUGGACAUGCUGUGUAGUGUGGGGGUCCAGCGGUGCCUCCCCCCCCCCUCCAGCAAGGCCCCGUCUGCAGGGUUGGAGGACAUCCUGUCUGCGGGGGCCGCGGUCGGUGCCACGAGCCAGGGCACCAAGAUGGAGAACAGGAAGAUGGACCGCCUGCUGUGUCUGGAUGGUGGGGGCAUCAAAGGCCUGGUGUUGAUACAGAUGUUGAUCGCUCUGGAGCGAGAGGCCGGGCGGCCCACCAGAGAGCUCUUCGACUGGGUGGCUGGAACCAGCACCGGGGGCAUCCUGGCCCUCGCUAUCGUCCACGGUAAGUCCAUGGAGUACCUGCUCUGCCUGUACUUCAGGAUGAAGGAGCAGGUGUUCAAGGGGUCGCGACCUUACGAGUCGGCACCACUGGAGGACUUCCUGCAGAAGGAAUUCGGAGAGAACACCAAGAUGACGGAUGUUUGUUACCCGAGGGUGAUGGUAACCAGUGUUCUAGCAGACAGACAUCCGGGCGAGCUGCACAUCUUCAGGAACUACGACCCUCCCUCCGUCCACCGAGAGCCCCCGUACACCACCACCGCCACCUUCAAGCCCCUCACCAUCCCACAAGAACAACUCGUGUGGCGAGCCGCCCGCUCCAGCGGCGCCGCCCCCACCUACUUCAGACCAAUGGGCCGCUUUCUGGACGGAGGGCUGCUGGCCAACAACCCGACGCUGGACGCCAUGUCAGAAAUCCACCAGUGCAAUAAAGCUUUGAAAGCUGAGGGCCGUGGACACCAGAUCAAGAAGUUGGGUAUUGUGGUCUCGCUCGGUACAGGUAAACCUCCUCAGGUGGUGGUGAGCUCCGUGGAUGUGUUCCGACCCUCCAACCCUCUGGAGCUGGCCAAGAGCUUCGUAGGAGCCAAGGAGCUGGGAAAGAUGCUGGUGGACUGUUGUACAGACUCUGAUGGCUGUGCGGUGGACAGAGCUGGAGCCUGGUGUGAAAUGAUCGACACCGUCUACCACAGACUGAGUCCUCAGCUGUCUCAGGAGGUGAUGCUGGAUGAGGUGAGUGACGCGGUCCUGGUGGACAUGCUGUGGGAAACCCAGAUGUACCUGUACGAGAAGAGGGAAACCCUCCAGUCUCUGGCCACGGUGCUGCUGGACAAGUGAAGGCUCAGGAAACAGGACGACACACCAGACCAGCAGAGUCCAGCGAGGGAUUCAGGACUGGAGCUCUCUGUGUCAGACCGCUUGAGACCACGUGACCACAAUUAUUCUUAUUUACUCUGAAACCCAUAACAUACCGAAGCCUUCUGAAAGGGUGGUGAUGUAGCAUCAUGUGACCUCAUCUCUCUCUUAGUUCUUUGAGUUUCCUGUUUGUCUAUGAACCAGUGAAGAAGAGGGUGGAGCUUCCUGUCUCUGAUAUGUGAAUACAGGAGAAAGGAGGAGGAGGAGGAGGAGCCAGAUCAAACUAAAGGUAGGCCCUCCUCCUGUCUUUAGGCUUUCAAAUAGAGUCAGAGACGUGAUCGAGUACUGGACGCCUCCCGGGCAAGCUGUUACUGGGAAAGACACAAACCACCACAAAGACACAAAACAACCACAAAGACACAAACCACCACAAAGACACAAAACAACCACAAAGACACAAACCACCACAAAGACACAAACCACCCCAAAGACACAAACAACCACAAAGACACAAACCACCACAAAGACACAAACCACCACAAAGACACAAACCACCACAAAGACACAAACCACCACAAAGACACAAACAACCACAAAGACACAAACCACCACAAAGACACAAACCACCACAAAGACACAAAACACCACAAAGACACAAAACACCACAAAGACACAAACCACCACAAAGACACAAACAACCACAAAGACACAAACCACCACAAAGACACAAACCACCACAAAGACACAAACAACCACAAAGACACAAACCACCACAAAGACACAAACCACCACAAAGACACAAAACACCACAAAGACACAAAACACCACAAAGACACAAACCACCACAAAGACACAAACCAACCACAAAGACACAAACCACCACAAAGACACAAAACACCACAAAGACACAAAACAACCACAAAGACACAAACCACCACAAAGACACAAACCACCACAAAGACACAAACCACCACAAAGACACAAACCACCACAAAGACACAA